UCCGGCUCUGGUCCCAGGGCGCGCACCCUACCGCCUGCCCCAGGCCGGAGUGGCCGACGCGCCCCGCGGGGAGCGGACAGGGCGGCGCCGGAGCGCCAGGCGCAGGGGACGCGGAAGCUGGAGGGAGGUGAGGCCCGUUCCCCAGGACCCGGGACCAGCGCGGGGACUGUCUCCCCAGAUAACAAAAAAAGAGCCCUGAGUAACUGCAAAUGCAGGAACAUUUUAACACUCCAAGGUAAAGAAUCUAUACCAGCAUGUCUGCCUACUACAGGAAUAACGGGUACGAGGAAGAUCCAGAAUACUCUGACUCUUCAAGGUCUCGGAACUAUACGCAAGGGUAUUUGAAAACUCGGGAUUAUUCAGAUUCUCCAGGUCCUCUGAACAACUCAGAUUACCCCAGCACCAGGAGGAACCCAUACUCUGAAGACUCCAGAACAAGUCCAGACUAUCCUGGGUCUCUAGCAGAACCAGAUUAUCCUGGAUCUCAGAGUGAUCCAGACUAUCCUCACAUCAGGAGCAACCCAUACUCUGAAGACUCCAGAAGAAGUUCAGACUAUCCCAAAUCUCUAGCAGAGCCGGAUUAUAUUGGAUCUGGGAGUAAUCCAUACCGUCCAGGCUCAUCCAGAGAGCCAGACUACUCUGAAUCUCAACGAAGUCCUGACUUUGCAGGUUCCAGAAGCAGUGGAAACUAUGCACGAUCCAGAACAAAUCCUGAUUUUCUUGACCCCAUGGGAGAACCAGACUACCCUGGAGCUCAGAGAAACUCUCACCAUCCUGGCCUCAGAGCCAAUUCCAACCAUCCAGGCUCCAGAGGGAAUUCAGAAUAUGCUGGUUCCAGAAUCACUCCAUAUAGAGACUCUCUGGAGCAGCCUGAUUAUCCAGGUGCUGAGAAUGAAGCUAACUCUCCAAACAUUUUUGGGGAACCAGACUACCCUGGCGCUGAGAACAAUCGGAACCCUUCAAACUUAUCGGGGGAGCCUGAUUACCCAGAUGCUGAGGAUGGUCCUGAUUAUGGCUCCUCUGAGACCCCAGAAAUGACUAGGGAGUUUCUCAGCAGAACAUCUUCAAUCCGGCCCUCAUUUCAUCAUGGGGAUGAUGGCCCCUUGGGCAUCCUUGAGAGAGAGAAUGAAGGUUACCCUGGAAGCAUUGAAAUGAAUUCCAUGGAGAUGGCAAAUCCAUAUGGCCGCUCUGUGCCAGGUGCUCCUGGAACUGGCUAUGUGAACCCUGCAUUUGUGGGGGAAAGUAGCCUCGGCCCAGCUUAUGGAGACCCACCCUUGUCUGGAUAUGAUUGGCACAAGUCACCUGAAGGACAAAAGUUAAUUGCAUCUCUGAUACCCAUGACAUCUAGAGACAGAAUUAAAGCCAUCAGGAAUCAGCCGAGGACCAUGGAAGAGAAAAGGAACCUUAGGACAGUGGCGGACAGAGAGAAAAGCAAGCAGCCCCGUGGCCUCCUGGAGCUCCGCUGCUGCGCGCGGUGUCUGAACUCCGUUUCCCUGGCGUACCGGAGAUCCAAGAACAGCGUGUCAGAACUGCUCAAUUCCAUCAGCCUGUGGCAGAAGACGCUCAAGGUCAUCGGGGGCAAGUUCGGAACCAGCGUCCUCUCCUACUUCAACUUUCUGAGGUGGCUUUUGAAGUUCAACUUUUUCUCGUUCAUCGUGACCUUCAGCUUCCUCAUAAUCCCUCAGUUGACCAUGGCCGAAAAGAACACCCUCCAGUUCACCGGGUGGGAGCUUCUCACUGGGGCGGGUUACUUUAGGGACACGGUGAUGUACUACGGCUUCUACACCAAUUCCACCAUCCGGCACGGGCCCAGCGGGGCGUCCUACAACAUGCAGCUGGCCUACAUCUUCACCAUCGGGGCGUGUCUCAUCGUCUGCUUCUUCAGUUUGCUGUUCAGCAUGGCCAGGUAUUUCCGGAACAAUUUCAUUAACCCGCACAUCUACUCCAGAGGGAUCGCUAAACUUAUCUUUUGCUGGGACUUCACCGUCACUCAUGAAAAGGCUGUAAAGCUGAGACAGAAGAAUCUUAGCACUGAGAUAAGGGAGAACCUCUCAGAAAUCCGUCAGGAGAACAUCAAGUUAACGCUCCAUCAGUGGCUGCUCCGCUUAUCCGCCUACCUAGCAGCCUGGGUCGUCUCUACCGGAGUGGCCGUCGCCUGCUGUGUAGCCGUUUAUUACCUGGCUGACAACAACUCGCAGUUCCUGAAGAGCCACAGGAACGCCGGGGCGGUGCUGCUGCUGCCUUUGGUGGUGUCCUGCAUCAACCUGGCUGUCCCGCGCUUCUACUCCGCAUUCCGGCUGGUGGAGCACUACGAGGUGCCGAGGCACGAGGUCUACACCCUCCUGAUCCGAAACAUCUUUCUGAAAAUAUCAAUCAUUGGAAUUCUUUGUUACUAUUGGCUCAACAUGGUGGCCCUGGCUGGUGAAGAGUGUUGGGAAACCUUCAUUGGUCAGGAAAUCUACCGGCUCCUUCUGAUGGAUUUCGUGUUCUCCUUAGCUGAUUCCUUCCUGGGGGAGUUCCUGAGGAGAAUCAUUGGGAUGCGGUUUUUCACGAGUCUUGGCUUACAGGAGUUUGACAUUGCCAGGAACGUCCUAGAACUGAUCUACGCACAAACUCUGGUGUGGAUUGGGACCUUCUUCUGCCCUCUGCUGCCCUUUAUCCAAAUGAUUGCUCUUUUCAUCAUGUUUUACGUCAAAAAUAUCAGCCUGAUAGUGAAUUUCCAGCCUCCGAGCAAAGCCUGGCGGGCCUCACAGAUGAUGACUGUCUUCAUCUUCUUGCUCUUUUUCCCGUCCUUCGCUGGGGUCCUGUGCAUCCAGGCCAUCACCAUCUGGAGAUUGAAACCUUCAGCUGACUGUGGCCCAUUUCGAGGUCUGCCCCUCUUCAUUCAGGCCAUCUACAGCUGGAUUGACACCCUGAGUAAAAGGCCCAGCUACCUCUGGGUUGUCUGGAUCUACCGGCACCUCAUCGGAAGCGUGCACUUCUUUUUCAUCCUCACUCUCAUUGUGUUAAUCAUCACCUAUCUUUACUGGCAGAUCACAGAGGGAAGGAAGAUUAUGAUCAGACUGCUCCAUGAACAGAUCAUCAAUGAGGGCAAAGAUAAAAUGUUCCUGAUAGAAAAGUUGAUUAAGCUGCAGGAUGCGGAGAGGAGAGCAAGCCCCAGCUCGUUCACACAGGAAAGGAGAGACGUGGAGCAGCCAGGCUCUUUGCAUGUCAGGGAACACAAUGCUGCUCGUGACCUGCGAUUUAGGCGAUCAGUUCAAGAAGAUAAUCCAAGGGCCUGAUGAUUAUUGUGGUAGCCAGACACCAGUCAAAUAAGGAAAGAAGAGAAAGAUGGAACAACUUCUUCCAUGACACCCGGGCCUUUCGGAUCUUUCCAGAAGGGGAGUUCAAGCUAUUAGCCAAGAGUGGAAACUGACCACACUGUAAAUUGAAGUCAAAUUGGACAUUCCCUGCUGGCUUUUUACACCCCAACUACCGAUUUUUCAAGAUAAAAUAUUUGGGAUUUUCUAAUCAAGACUGUCGUAAUAUUUGCUUCACAAAAACCUGGGAAGAGACAACCUGGGAGUGAUGUAUUUUACCUUCAAGAGAUGUGCAUGUGAAUUAUUGGUCCUUAGAAAUCUCUCUUCCCAGACCUGGCAAAGGUUUGGAAACUGGUGCUAAGACAAGUGUCCAGCCUGAAUAAAAAUGUGAUCCUCAAUCAGAGAUGUGAAACCUGCAUUUGUUCAUGACAUUGAGCUAAAAGCAUCCCCAUGGUACCCAAAGGUGAAAUACAACCAGAGGUCUCGUCUAAGAACUUUAUUGUGUAUCGAGUGCAUGAGUC